ACCGGAAUAACAGCAAAAACGCCGUUGGAGGCGAGCCUGCACCGAAGACUGCUUGCAAAAGUUAUAGUGCACAAUGGAUUAGCACAAAAUAAUCACACGUGCAGUAAUUAAAUAGUCUUGCAGAGCCUAGUAACAAAGAAAAGUAGGAGCCGUUGGACCACCCGUUACUAGCUUACCGUUUUCUCAUGUCGUAACGACCUUGGUACUAGACCAUUGAAGAUGCCCUAAGCUUUUGUACUUGUCCCUAAAAAAAAAGUUUUUUGUACUUGUCCAUUACGCAUGAUUGUAAUUCUUAAUUUUAUCGUAAAUUCAGGCAUGUAGUUGAACGAAAAGAAAAUUUGAUCUGUUCCGAAAUUUCCACUCCAUGUGUGUUGACAUUGAAUGCCUAAAUCGAGCUCUUACAGUUUUUUUUUUCCAAAAUCGUAAGGUUCUAGCAGCGGGCAAAAUGGUCACAUGUGGUCCUAAAAUAUGCUAACGACCCCAUUAUACUUGCAAAGGCCUCCCUCUGGCGGUGACCCAAAUUAGAUAUAUCCUACAUUGUUUUGCCCUCUCUACGGGACUAUCCAUAAAGUACCUAAAAAACAACUUCCAUCACAUUGCACGUCCCAUCAGACACAGUCACAUGCCUCACCAAUGCUUUGGAAUCCCAACUUUACUUCUUCACACAAACCUACCUAGGCCUUUCCUUGUCUCCCUAUAAACUGUGUGCCUCCGUGCCUCAGCCUUCCAACCUAGCAGGGUAGGGAAAGCGUUUGCCCUGUCAAAAGGAGAUCAAAUGAUAUUGGUAUCAUCUGUUCUAGACUCUUUGCCUACUUAUUUCAUGUCAGCCUUUGAACUAACGAAAUCGGGUGAUCAUUGAACUUCAUCAAAUCUACAGGACAACUUUUUUUUGGCAAGGAAUGACUCUUGCUCUGGGGAAAAAUGGCUACUAGCCUAAGAUAGUGUCUGUUUGCCUAAGUUUCGGGUUGUUUAGGUAAAUUCUUUCAGUGCAGAAUGCAAGUUUAUUUUUAAAAUUUGCAGUUAUAUUCUUAGACUCACCAAAUCUACCUUGGAAACAAUGUCUGCUCAGUGCUCACUCACUGGCUUGCUCUGUUUUUGGCCUAUGCACCACUCUUGUCACACCUCGCAAAAAUUAGGUCAAAUCGGGUACUUCCACCUUCUUCUGGCUGGAUAGCGGGCUGCUGCCGCGACCCAUUGCAACGAUCUUCCCAGCCACUUUUGCCCCCACCACAAAGAUCUAUGCGUUAGUUUCCAUCAUUUUGGACGAAGGAAUUGAGCUUGGUUUGCGGAGUCGACUGACCUUGGUCCGAACCGCCUCUGUUGUUAACCUUGUUGCAGGAUGUGUUGCUUGAGGAUGUACCUGAUCUUUGGCUGCUCAGGGAUGGCACGCCAUAAUUCUUGUCGAAAUAUUACAUGUAUUUAGACUUUUUUAGAAAUAGAUAUAUUUAUUUUUGGACAAAUUUGAGAUAAGAAUUAUGGAACGGUGCCAAGGGAGUUUACCGGCCUAGCUAGCCAUUCUGGCAAUCUGGCUGCACCACAUGACAUCAAAUAUGCUCACUGGAUCUGGGCUUCAGAUGUGCUGAACUACAGUAGCCCCUCCGUAAGCUUCGCGCCUAUUCAGGGACAGGUUGAACACCAGAAGAAACUUUGAGCAUAGAAAACUACAGUAGCACCGCCGUAAGCUUGGGUGCCCAUGCAUGCAUCCUCACGGCAUGGUAUGGCUUGGAAUGAAUAAACUCCGUGGAGUCAGAAUUGACGACGUAGGACGCGGUGUGACAGUGUGUGACACCCGGACAGCCCUCCAUCUAAGAACCACUCCGCUGCUUUCUUUCUAACAAUAGCCAACAGCCUAUUUUAGUGAGUGGAAAUAUACUGAACGGAGGAUCGAGGUGCUUCAUAGAGCAAGAAAACUCAACCGCACUUGCUUGCUCAUCGCGGGCUCCGUGAAGGAGACCGCCGCCAACUUCCGGUAGGCUCGCCGGCCGGACUCCGACGAGGCGCACGCUCCCAUGGCGAAAUGUACGUCUGAUUCGGGUUUUCAUUGUCAAUUUUACCUUAAAAUUGGUAGAGGAGUUGGCGUGGAUGAAUACACGAGCUAUACAUACAUUUUGGGGGUUGAUAUAUGAUGUUUUCCUACAAAUGUAUAACCGAUGUGCAGACGAUGCAGAAGAAGAGGUGAACGACCACCCGAUCGAGGAGGUCCGGAACACGGUGCCGGUGACGGACGACCCGUCGGAGCCAUGCCUGACCUUCAGGACGUGGGUGCUGGGCCUGUCGUCGUGCAUCCUGCUGGCCUUCGUCAACGAGUUCUUCAUGUACCGGUCCAACCAGCUGAGCAUCGGCACCGUGGUGGUGCAGAUUGUGACGCUGCCCAUCGGCCGCUUCAUGGCGUCGACGCUGCCGUCGAGGCCCCUCCGCGUCCCGGGCCCCGGCCGGUCCUUCUCCCUCAACCCGGCGCCGUUCAGCCUCAAGGAGCACUGCCUCAUCACCAUCUUCGCCGGCGCCGGCGCCAGCGGCGUGUAUGCGAUGAACAUCAUUGCCAUCGUCAAGGUGUUUUACAAGCGGCAGAUCAACCCCUACGCGGCCAUGCUGCUUGCACAGACCACCCAGUUGCUUGGGUACGGAUGGGCUGGGCUGUUUAGGACGUACCUGGUUGAUUCGGCCUACAUGUGGUGGCCGUUAAAUCUCGUCCAGGUUACCCUCUUCAGGGCGAUGCACGAGGAGGAGAAGAGGCCCAAGGGGCAGCUGACACGGCUGCAAUUCUUCAUCAUCGUCAUGGUCUGCAGCUUCGCCUACUACCUGGUCCCGAGCUACCUGUUCCCGGUGGCCAGCACCCUCUCGGUCCUCUGCUGGUUCUACAAGGACUCUGUCACGGCGCAGCAGAUCGGGUCCGGGCUCAAGGGGCUGGGCGUGGGCUCCGUGGGGCUGGACUGGAACACGGUGGCCGGGUUCAUCGGCAACCCGCUGGCGUCGCCGGCAUUCGCCAUCUUCAACGUCAUGGUCGGGUUCGCGCUCACCACCUACGUGGCCGUGCCGCUGCUCUACUGGACCAACGCCUACAACGCCAAGCGCUUCCCCAUCAUCUCCUCCCACGUCUUCGACGCCUCCGGGAAGCGCUACGACACGAACCGCAUCCUCGACCCGGAGACAUUCACGCUCAACCUGCCGGAGUACAACUCCUACAGCCGCAUCAACCUCAGCGUGCUCUUCGCCAUCAACUACGGCUUCGGCUUCGCCGGGCUCAUGUCCACGCUCUCCCACGUCGCGCUCUACCACGGCAAGAGUAUUUUUGAUCUGUGGAGGAAGGCGGCGUCGGAGAAGGGACAGGAGCAGGACGUGCACACGAGGAUCAUGAAGAGGAACUACGAGGCCGUGCCGCAGUGGUGGUUCCACCUGAUGCUGGUCCUGGUGGUGGCGCUCUCGCUCUUCACCUGCGAGGGCUUCGGCCGCCAGCUGCAACUUCCCUACUGGGGGCUCCUGCUCGCCUGCGCCAUCGCCUUCACCUUCACGCUGCCCAUCGGCAUCAUCACCGCCACCACCAACAUGCAACCAGGACUGAAUAUCAUCACGGAGCUCAUCAUCGGGUACUUGUACCCAGGGAAGCCGCUGGCCAACGUGGUGUUCAAGACCUACGGGUACAUAAGCAUGGGGCAGGCGCUGACGUUCGUGUCGGAUUUCAAGCUCGGGCACUACAUGAAGAUUCCCCCUCGGUCCAUGUUCUUCGCGCAGCUGGCGGGGACGGUGACGGCGUCGACGGUGCACUUUGCGACGGCGUGGUGGCUGCUGACGACGGUGAACAACAUCUGCAACGUGGAGAGCCUGCCGGAGGGCAGCCCGUGGACGUGCCCGGGGGACGACGUCUUCUACAACGCCUCCAUCAUCUGGGGCGUCGUCGGCCCGCUGCGCAUGUUCGGCCGCCUCGGCAACUACUGGCAGAUGAACUACUUCUUCCUUGUCGGCCUCCUCGCGCCAGUGCCCUUCUGGAUCCUCUCCCGCCGGUACCCCCGCCACGCGUUCCUCAAGAACAUCAACAUACCACUCAUCUUCGCCGGGGCUGGCGGGCUGCUCCCGGCGCGGUCCGUCAACUUCGUCAUGUGGGGGCUCGUGGGAAUCUUGUUCAACCACUUCAUAUACCGGCGCUACAAGGCGUGGUGGAUGCGGCACAACUACGUGCUCGCCGCGGGGCUCGACUCUGGCGUCGCAUUCAUGGGGGUGCUCACUUUCGUGUCGCUAGGAUACUUCGAUAUCUACGGGAUACGGUGGUGGGGCGGCGUCGCCGACGACCACUGCCCCUUGGCGUCCUGCCCGACGGCGCCAGGGGUGAUCGCCAAGGGUUGCCCGGUCCUUCAGUGAGCCUAGCAGUGAUGUACAGUGGUAGAAAAGUAGCUAGGCUUUUCUAACUUGUUAGCUUCUUAUGUAUUUGUAGAACCAUUAUUUGUAUAUAAAAAAAUUAGAAUAAAAAAAUAAAACAAAAAUAUCAAUUUGUUAGUUUCUAUGAAUAUUAAAUUCGGACUUAAACAUUGAAGGGAAUUAUUAAUUUGGUUGCCGUACAAACUAUAUAUAUGAAGUCCAAAAAUAGCUAAAUUUAAUUUAUGUUGAGUUGUACCUGAUUCCUCAGAAUGUAAUAUCACCAAGUUUAAUAGAGCCAUCCACAAAUCUACACUAAGGCUAUGUUUGGUUGUAGAGCGAGGUGGAAUGGAAAAGAACGGUUAUAUUCCUAUAGGGAUUGAAUGUAAUGGAACGGUUCUACUUUUCUAUAUACUAAGAACCAAACACUUAAAUCACUGGUUCCACUUGGAACCAACUCAUUCUUACAUUUUUGAGAAAUAAGAUGGUUAGACAUAUUGAGUAAAUAUUCUCUUUCGAGAAACCAUAUGGUUCCAUUCCACUUCUCCAUGUUCUAAGGACCAAACACAAGAAUCAUCUCAGUUUUUGGAACCAUUCCAUUACAUUCCACUUCAUGAUCUCAACAAGUGUUUUGUGAAACGGAGGAAGUAAUAUGAGCAUCUCUAGAGUAGAUUUUCUAAAGUGGAUUAAAAUUCCUACAAACUCUCAUCAUUUUCUACAAGUUGCAAACAAAAAACUCUCUUAAUAAAUUCCCUAUCUUGUUCCU